AUUGCCCCUUCUCUCUACCCCCCCCUGUCAUUCUCUUUCUCUCUCUAAAAGAGGCUAGAAAAACCAAGGCUUGGGCAUAGAGUCCUUUUGAUGCCCACCAAAGUGCUUUAAAAUCUUCUUGAUAUAAGCCAUUUCUACUCGUGUGUUGUUUUUCUUUUGGGCUUGGAAAGCUGCCCACAGGAAGGGAUUUGGUUUGUAGGUUUUUGUUUGUUAAGCCUUGGCUUCCUUUGAUUCACUUGCUCUGUGUCCCAGAUAUCUGAAGAGUUGUUCUUGUUUUGAAUCCAUUCCUGGGUUUGGUUGAUCUGUUUGCUGGUGAGGAUGAGUAAAGAAGAUAACAUCAACUUCCUCAAGAUACAGACAUGUGUUCUCAAAGUGAACAUACACUGCGAUGGAUGCAAGAAGAAAGUGAAGAAACUGCUUCAUAAGAUUGAAGGGGUCUACCAGACCAACAUAGAUGCAGAGCAGGGGAAGGUGAUUGUCUCAGGCAAUGUUGAUCCUGCCACCCUCAUAAAGAAGCUAAACAAGGCUGGCAAGCAUGCAGAGUUCUGGGGCUCAAAGGGUGGAAACAACCAAAAUCUCAGCCACCAGUUUCAAAAGCUCCAGCUUGAGAGUGGGAAAGGGCAGCAGAAAGACAAUGGCAAGCUCCAGAAGGGUGGAGGAUGGGGAGGAGGUGUUGGUGGGAAGGACCAGAAGGGCCAGCAACCAACUCCCCAGCAGCAGCAGCAGCAGCAGCAGCUCCAACUGUUACAGCAGCAGAUGAAAGGUUUCAAGGAUAUGAAGUUCCCCCAGCUGAAGGACCUCAAGCUCCCCUUCCAAAAGGACCAGAAACAAGUCAAGUUCAGCCUCCCACCUGAGGGAGACGGCGACGAAGGGAGCGACUACGACGACGAGUUCGAUGACUUGGAUGAUGAGGACGACUUCGACGACAUGGAUGGCUUCGACGAUGACUUCGACUACGAUCCCAAGAUGAUGAAGCCCAUGAAUGCUCAGCCUAACUGGAAUGGGAUGGUUAAUGAUAAGAAGGGCGGCGGCGGCGGUGGCGGUGGCGGUGGCGGUGGCGGCGGAGGCGGUGGCAAUGGUAAGAAGGGUGGUGGUGCUGUAGAAAUUCCAGUGCAAAACAAGGCUAUGGGCGGUAAUAAUAACAAUGGGGGAGGUAAGAAAGGUGGUGGUAAAAAUGGUGGUGGGCCCCAAGAUGUUAAAAAUGGAGGAGGGAACAAUAGCAGGGGGCCUCCCAAUGGCAAUGGCAAUGGCAAUGGUGGGAAUAAUGCUAAUAAUGGCAAUCCAAGCAAUGGAGGGAAGAAGGGUGGUGGGAAGAAUGAUGGAGUGGGAGGGGUCCAGCCAAUGGGCAACCACCCCAACAUGAUGGGCCAGGGCUUCCAAGGCAUGGAUCUGGGUCAGAUGGGGAACAUGCACCGUGCCCCAAUGGGCCACAUGGGGAAUAUUCCGGCCGGCGCCGCGGUCCAGGGCCUCCCGGCUGGGGCCGUGCCGCCCGGAUACUUCCAGGGAGGGAUGGUGGCAGCGCCGGAGAUGAUUGCUGCUGCCAACCCCUACCAGCAGCAGCAGCAGCAGCAGUACAUGGCUGCUUUGAUGCAGCAACAGAGGAUGAUGAUGAAUGGCCAAGCCGGUGCCGCCGCCGCAUACCCGCCGGCCAUGGCAUACGGAUAUGGGAGGCCGGCUUACAUGCCGAUGCCACCACCUCAUGGUGAUUCAUAUACAAACUUCUUCAGUGAUGAGAACCCCAAUAGCUGCUCAAUUAUGUGAGGAAAGAAAGGAGUUUGAUUACUUGGUGGUGUUUCUUCUCUCUUUAGUUCCUUUCAAAGUGUGGGAGGGUGUCAAGUUAAGAGGUAGACCAAAGAGUCUGCUGGAUAUACAUGAGAAACUAAUUGGGUUCUUUGGUUUCUCUUUUCUGCUGUUAAUUUCUUUUUCAUCUUCUUUAAAGAACUUUUUGCUUGAUGUUGAAGUUAGGUAUAGGUAUAUUUAUAGUUCUAUAUGAAGUUUAUAUUGAAGCUUUUAGGGAGUUGGAGAGUUGGUUUAUCUUGUGGCUCUAUAAGAUGUGAAAGCAAAGAAGUGAAUGUAAUGGUGGGAGCUAGAGCUCUAGCUUUUAAUGAUGUAUUAAUAUGUGUUUAUAAAGUUUAAAAAUGAUAAUAAUAAUGAAAGCAUGGUCCAUCUA